GGACUGUUUACUGUUAGGACUGUUAGACUCUUGGGACUGUUAGGAGUACGGAGUACGGAGUACGGUGUACGGAGUACUAACAUUAGAAAAGGUACAUAGAAACAGGACUAAUUGCACACUAAUUGUAUAGUAAGGUUGGGUACCUUUACUAGAGAGACUACAUGGAGUAGUGCGGACGAUAUAAAUUGCGACUUGCCUCUCUGGGAGAUAUGGUACUGCCCAGACACUCCCAACCUAGCAACGGCGUCAUGUGCAAUAAAAUGGCUUCUCCAGCUCGGAACAUCGGCCAACCAACCCAACACCGCUCUCGACUGAUGGACUGCCUAAUCUGCACAUCUCGGAGGCGAUAUGUACUCUUCCGUCCUCCCAUUCCACCACCACCAGCUCUCCGUUCGGAGGUGAGCGAUCGUGGGAGAGGGUCGGACCGGAACUAUCCCUGGUUGCGCAUGUCCGUAUGGUCACCAUGGGUUUGCUGUGAAGCUGCCAUGGAACGCACUCAUGGCGAUGGGCCCGAAGAUAAUGCUCUUCAAGUCAUCGGCGACGUUUUAACGAAAUAUGCGCCUCGUGGCAUCAGCACCAUGGCCCGCCCGCACAUGUUUCGGAUCGCCAAUGAUCCCGAGUGGUGGCGGCGACGUUGGACAAAGCUCGCCAAUAAAGGACAGAGACAAUCAAUCAACACACAAAGGUAAAAUGGGGUUCCAGAGGCUCGCUUGUCUCAUUAGCGCCGUUUGGACCAGAAAGUGGUGGUGCUUUAUUUACUUCACUCCCCCACGAUUAUAAUGAAUACGCUUCCAU